GUCUUCACUAUCGUCUGUUCAAUUUCAAGUGUGGCGGUGAUUGUUGUCGAAAUUAUGUUGAUCUAAUCCGACGACAGACGACGUUUUCUGUUGUUGUCACGUAACCAGUUUAUUUACUUUCCAGUACCGGCAUUUGCUUCUGGUAACAAUUAGAAAUUGUGGAAAACUUCUGGGCAUAUUUUUAGUAAUAGCCGUAUAACGUUUAUGAUGUUGCCUUCUGAAGAAAGUUUUACAUAAGCAUCAGAAUGAUAAAGUGGCUGUUGUCUCUCAUUCGUUCAAUAUUGGACAGGAUUGUGAAUUUUUUUUGGCCCAAAGACACAAGUGAAUUUACUCUACCUGUUUACAUAAAAGCUGCGGGGGGGAAAACAUUUCUUAUUGAAAUGAGUCGGGAAUGGGACGUGGCUCGGAUAAAGAAGUUUAUAGCUCCAAAACUUGGCCUAAAAGUCGAAGACAUCAGCAUUAUCCUUGCUGGUAAAAGUCUUGCAGAUGAUCUCCUACUAGAGGAAUGUGAUCUUGGUCACAAUAGCAUUCUUAAUGCUGUCAAACUUAAGGUGGUAAAAAAAGAUGAUGCAAUACCUUCUAAUGAAAAGAAGCCAGGAGUCACACCGUUUCACCAGGAUAAGCCUUUAUGUGAAACACUGCUUGACCUGCAAUUGACAGAAGAAGAACAAAAGUUACUGCACAAAUCACUUGUCCAGAAUGGUAAACUGCGGGUCCGUUGCAGCCUUUGCAAAGCCGGUGCCUUUACAGUAGACCGAGAUCCGUGCUGCUGGGAUGAUGUCUUGCGACCAGAACAAGUAAGCGGCACUUGCCAAAUAGAAGGUUGUGAUCAUUCGUGGGCCGAAUUCUACUUCAAAUGUGCACACCAUCCUUCACAAGGAGAGAUGGAUUCUACCCUUCCACUCUAUCUGGUCAAAUCGAAUUUCAAACAGGUCCAAUGUCUGGCCUGUAUGGAUGUUAGUGAUCCUGUGUUGGUUUUCCAGUGUUCCAGUUCCCAUGUGAUAUGUUUAGACUGCUUUCAACAGUACUGUAUAUCUCGGUUGAACGAGAGACGCUUUGUUUUCAAUUCAAAUAUCGGUUACACCCUACCCUGCCCAGCUGGAUGCGAAAACUCAUUGAUUGAUGGAACCCAACAUUUCAAAAUACUUGGAGUUGAGCAGUACCAGCGCCUUCUGCACUUUGGGGCAGAGGAAUACGUUAUGUCAGUAGGUGGUGUGCUUUGUCCACAACCCGGAUGUGGCAUGGGCUUACUUGCAGACCCUUCUUGUAGACGGAUUCAGUGCAGAGGAGGAUGUGAGUUUGUUUUUUGCCGCGAUUGUUUACAAGGUUAUCAUAUUGACGAAUGUCAACCAAAUGGAGACGGUAAUUUUCAAUCCAUGUUGACUACCACCGAGUAUGUUGUUGAUCCUAGACGAGCUGCACAGGCCAUGUGGGAUGCAGACAGUCGCGUUACUAUCCGUGUCACUUCAAAGCCGUGCCCAAGCAGAACGCCAACUGAACGCGAUGGAGGUUGUAUGCAUAUGAUUUGUACGCGCCAACAGUGCGGGUUCCAUUGGUGCUGGGUUUGCCAGACUGAGUGGACGAGGGAGUGCAUGGGAAGUCACUGGUUCGGAUAAUUUGGACAUCUUUUAACCUGUAACGACUGCCUUCGAUUGUCGCCUAGAAUCAAAAAGAAGAGUGUAUCUUUCUUUUCGCUAUGCUAGUAGCGAAAUUGAUGACAUUUGGUUCCUAUUAUGGACAUCUAGUUAAAUAUGUAAAAUAGAAUUGAAACGGUUCAUUAUCUAAAAUAAAAUAUUUAAAAUACUGUUCUACAGAUAGAAAAUUGAUAAGUCUAAGAUGACUCUAAGUUCGUCCGUCCGUUAUGAUAAUAAAAUAUUGCAAUUUCCCGUGCUCCACCAAGUGAGGGUCUAAACAAGUUUAGUGUUACCGGCAGAAGGUGUACCUGGAGUGAUAAAUACCACAUGUAUAGCCGAUGAAAAUAAAGCCAGAAAAGAUGCC